AGCGCGCAGCCCCGCCUCCCGGCUGUUUUCGGAGCGUCGCUCUAUCCCUGCUUCAAACGCAUAUUCCACAGGGAGAGAGAGAGAGCAAGAACUGUGAGGAGCAGAACGAACGACGAGAAAAAAGGCGAACGACAAAUGGCACUCAUGGCUGGGAUUUUGUUUACGUUGACCUCUGUGCUGCUUGGGAUUUCUACGUUUGUUUCUUCGGCACGGAUUUACCCCCCAAAUGAAGGUAAGACUUGGAAUAACAGCGGAGCCCCGUCUUUGACUUGUUCUCGGUUAGUUUAUACACAGUCCACUUCGUGUGUGAGACGGACCAGGAGUCCGUUGUCCCGUAGCUAUUCUGGACUCGUGCAAGGACCUGCAGCACUCAAAGAAGGGGGCAACACUAUUAAUUUGCUCAACAACAUGCAUUCUCUGACAUUGGAUUUCCAUAUGCGUCAAACCCAUCAAAGGUUUUGUUUCGUAGGCUACUAGGUCCUUUUGCUACCCAAAUUGUUGAAAGCUCUUGGCAGAAAGCCGGAGCGUAUGAUGUCUAUAUGGGGCUCUAGCAGGGUCCGAGUGGAGUGCUGGGAAGUCUUACUUCACAGUCUCUGUUAAUUAGGCAACAGUCACCUUAUUCAACAAAAUUAGUUUUUUCUUGAGCCAUAUAGGCUACAAAGACUCGAUUUUAUACAGCAAUCAUUAUUGCUUUGGCGGACAUGUCUGUGUCUGGUUUUGUGCAAGGCCGUUGUGCAAAAGCCCCCGUUAUAAAAUGAGCCAUGUUAUUUUAGUUCAUAACCAUUCAAUUAUGAAGUGGCUCUUGCGCAUUUUCUAUGUCAAACGCAUUAACUUCAAAACAAUAAACAAUACUCAAAUAAUUACCUAAGCCAAGUAAUUUCAGAUAAAUGCUAACAUCUUAAAUGAAAUCCACUUUUUUUGGUUAAAUUCAAUGCGUAUUUCAGCGCUUAAAAUUGUGAUUUUCAUCACUGCGCACGGAGAGGAUUGCAGUAAGAAAGAUAAGGGGCUAUUGAAAUCUCACCACGGAUUAUUUUUGAUUUCACACUGAAGCAAAUUAAUUUAGCUCCUCUAAUUUACAUCGAUUGAUCAUCAGCGAACCUCAGGACCCGAGUUAAAACAGACAAACGGAGUCUCCAAUAUCUAGGCCUAUUUAUUAUAAUAAUAAUAAUAUGCCAUUUAGCAGACGCUUUUAUCCAAAGCGACUUCCAGUCAUGUGUGCAUACAUUUUUACGUAUGGGUGGUCCCAGGUAUCGAACCCACUACCCUGGCGUUACAAGCGCCAUGCUCUACCAAUUGAGCUACAGAGGACCAAACAUCCAGAGUUUCACUCACUAGGUUACAAUGACAAUACCCAUUGUUCUUUAUACAAAAUAUCAAAUCCCCGUAAAAUGGGGUCCCUUUGUGUUUUUAAUCACAAAUCCCCUUGAAAAAAUAUAUCCAAAUUACGCAUUUGAGUAAUGCAAACAUAUUACAUAGUUUAUGGAGUUAUAUGCGUGGACAAUGGCCUAUAGAUACGUCGUUACACAUUGAUCAUUAGCCUAUUUCUGAUUGGUUUUUCGUUGAGCAGAUUGCACAUAAUUGUUUUCCUCGAUCAAGCUGCAUAACUAUCCAACUAUGGUAACAUAACAGCACGGUGGCUUUUCCAAACGGUAUAUUAGCACUGUAGGUGCUAUAGGAAAAGGUUACAUAUCAUCAGUGUUAUGAACAGCCUAUAACUGCUCACUUCUCUUUCUAUGUGUUUCAGUGACGUUACUGGACUCCAGAUCCGUAGCGGGAGAGUUGGGCUGGGUCGCCAACCCAACAGAAGGAGGGGUAAGUGCCCCUCGUUAGGACGCGAGUCACCCAUUGAGUCAAAAUGGAGAGAUGCUGUCCUCUAUAGCCUACCGGCCCCCUCCCUCCUUCUCUCCCUCUACUUGCCAUAAUCGUCAGAUUCGAGUCCGAUACUGUAGCGGGCGUCGGGUUUCCUGAAUAGAUGGCGGAUUGAAUCGAUCUUUGUGGAGAAACUUUAUAUUAUUUUCCCACAUUGAGGCGCGGGGGAGAGGAACUUGGCAGCACAGAAAGGGCCAUUUGGAAUGGAUGAAUGAAGGGAAAGGGCAGCGGGUUUCAGUCCUCGCCGUAGGAUUGGAUUGGGCCAUAAAGCGAUAGGGAAUGUGAUCGGAGUAAAUGCGUGAUCCCGCGGUCUAAUUGGGAUAUAUAUAGUUGCGCUGAUCAUGUACAGAGUGCGACUGGGGCCUGUCUGGCACACACUCCCCUGUCAGUUGUUCCCUGAGCCGAAGCAGCAGCACUGGCGUCUGAACAAUUGCACGGAACCAUCUUCUAGUUUUAGACUAAACCAACAAGGUGGCCCAAAGUAGAGCAGCAUAUGCUAUUUACAUUGACAUUUUAGUCAUUUAACAGACGCUCUUAUGCAGAGAGACUUACAGUUAGUGAGUGCAUACAUUUUUCAUACUGGCCCCCCGUGGGAAACGAACCCACAACCCUGGCGUUGCAAGCGCCAUGCUCUACCAACUGAGCUACAGGACAGCUAUCUAAGAGGAAUUACAUUCUUCUUUCUUUUCAUACAUCUUCUGGCAUAUCCAUUAUAUUUUAGUGAUACUGUUUAUGGUAUGCUAUAGACCCAUAAAAAAACGUUGACCUUUUGUCUCAGCCCCGCAUCUCCAACUCUUGUUUUAUUCACCAUUGGGUUGAGUUGUUGCUCAAUGAACUUGGCUCGUGUGUGCUUCUGUUCGUUGCAGUCUGUUCCUCCUUCAGCCGUUUCCUCCGAGGCGGAGUGAUUGACAGGGUGCUGGCAGCGCCGACAGGCCUGCGUUCACCUCAUUACGACCAAUUACCCCCAUUCUCCCUCUCCUCCGCUAUCGGGGAAAGGUGCGGCCUUAUCUGCAACGCCGGUUGAUUUCCACGAUAAAGGGCCAAGCAGAGUGAAGAAAGCGGUGGAAUAGAGCAGCGGAGGUUACGGACACUCUCAAAUCGGAGCCUCAGCCAUGUUUAGCGUUAUCUCCCCUACUCAAAGGAAUAGGGUUUUGAACGAGAUUAUUUAUGAUAACACGUUGAAUCAAAUUCAGCACAGGAUACAUCCUUUCCCGUAGUAAUAGCUCUGUUUGGACUUCUUUCUCUAAAUUGUAUAUAGUCCUAACCAGAUACAAGCAGAAGGCUGGCUUGUCUGCUCUUGUUUUUAAAUGCAAUACAUUCUUAAUCCAUUUUUAAACCAUAUUAUGAAAAAUGUAAAGGCCCAGUACAGUGAAAAACGUGAUUUUCCUGUGUUUUUAUAUAUAUAUUUCCACACUAUGAGGUCAAAUAAUACUGUGAAAUUGUGAAAAUGACAAUAAUGCCCUUUUAUUGUAAGAACUGUUUGAAAAGACUGCCUGAAAUUUCAGCCUCUUUUGGUGGGAUGGAGUUUUGGCCUGCCUGUUCACAUCACAAGGCGUUAAAUUAGUUUAAUAGACCAAUAAGAAAGAGAUUUCCAAACCUCUCUGCCAAUAAACAGCUAGUUUUCAGUUUUCCCCUCCCCACUCAGACCACUCCCAGACAGUCCUAGCAAAAUUCUUGCUUGAGAAAUUGUUCUUUGCUAAGAAGCUAUUUUUGUUUCUUUUUGACCAUUUACAAUUGAAAACAAUCACAGUAAGGUACUUAAUUGUUACAGAGAAAGGAUUCGAUAUUGAGAUAAAAACAGCUGCAUUGGACAUUUAAGAGCAUGGCAUAAUGAGCCCAAUGCCUUUCAAAACGCAAUAUACCCUAUGCUCUUUAGUAGCGGGGACUUUAUCAUAAGUAAAACAAACAUUGCUCCUAUAAAAAUAAGCCAGCCAGUCGUCGAUAAUGUAAUCCAUACACCCGAUCCACAUGUGUGCUGUCAAAACCCUCUCACUCUCCAAAAUAAUUUGUAGGCCUACAGAAAGAACACAGACACACUUUUCUAUUGGGUUUCUAUUCUAAUCAUUUGGGUUUCUAUUCUAAUCACUAUAAGCCAUUACAGACGUAGGGCCUAUAGAUUAGCUCAUACGUAAGAUUGUUUCAAUACCCCCUUCUCUUUCUCUUCGCACUCUCUCUGUAUUACUCUUCAUUUGGUGACCUUUAAAUUAAUCAUGGAGUUAUGGGGAUUUAUAUUGAGGCAUUCAAUUUGACAUUAAAACAAUAAUUUGAAUGGUGCAUGUUCCCCAAAGAUUUGGUUGGUCUCCUUUUAUGUGGAGAUAAAAGGUACUAGUCAGGAAUGAACACAGUACAGUAGGCCUAUGUCUACUUACCAGUAGUAGUUUCAUUAUAACAGGCCGUACUAUUUAUAUUAGGCCUUGUCAUGCAUUUAUUAUUCAUUAAUUGACAAGUUAGGCCAUUAAAUAAUUGGCCUACUGAGACACAGAUAUUGAGUCACUAUUUUGUAAUGGUCUUUCUCAAUGUAUGUCUGCAAGUCAAUGUUUUUAUGUGGCUUACCAUUUUUCAGAUUUUUCUAAUGUUGACAUAAUGUUUGUCAGAUGUUUUCCUAACAUUGUCUCUGUGUCUCUCCUCAGUGGGAGGAGGUGAGCAUCAUGGAUGAGAAGAACAUUCCCAUCAGGACGUACCAGGUGUGUAAUGUGAUGGAACCCAACCAGAACAAUUGGCUUAGAACCGACUGGAUUCCUCGGGGUGGCGCCCAGCGCGUCUACAUCGAGAUCAAGUUCACCCUGCGCGACUGUAACAGCCUCCCUGGUGUCAUGGGAACCUGCAAGGAGACGUUCAACCUCUACUACUACGAGUCCAACAACGACAAGGAGCGCUACAUCCGAGAGAACCAGUUUGGCAAGAUCGACACGGUGGCGGCAGACGAGAGCUUCACCCAGGUGGACAUCGGAGAUCGCAUCAUGAAGCUGAACACGGAGGUCAGGGACGUGGGAGCCUUAUCCCGGAAGGGUUUCUACCUGGCCUUCCAGGACGUGGGAGCCUGCAUCGCCCUGGUGUCUGUCAGGGUGUUCUAUAAGAAGUGUCCCCUGGCUGUGAGGAACCUGGCCCAGUUCCCUGACACCAUCACCGGGGCCGAUACCUCCUCACUGGUGGAAGUCCGAGGAUCCUGCGUGGAUAAUUCAGAGGAGCGUGACGUUCCCAAAAUGUACUGCGGGGCGGACGGAGAGUGGCUGGUGCCUAUCGGGAACUGCCUG